AAAGUGCAGGCAGGAUGCUGCAAGAUGGCGUCACGCGGGGCCCGCGCGCGAGGGCUCCUGUGGGUUGCCGGCCUGGGGCUCUGCGGGACCGCGGCGGUCUUGCUAGUGGCGGUGCUUGUGCGCACCUACGGGACGCGCCCCUCCGCGCUGGCUCCGCGGCUCUGGGAGCGCGGGGAGCAGCCCCAGCGCCUGGCGCCCGCAUUCAGCCCUAGAGAGCGGCAGGAGCUGAAGGAGGCACUGCAAGGUGCUAUCAGAAUACAAACAGUUUCCUUCUCACCAGAUGAUCAGAAUCUGACAGCCCUGGCAGAAUUUGAGCCGUACAUUCGUAAAGCCUUUCCUGCAGUGUUUUCUGCCACCUUCAUCCAACAUGAAGUUAUUGGAGGAUACAGCCAUCUGUUCACAGUUGAGGGGUCUAACCCUCAGCUACAGCCCUACAUGCUGCUUGCGCAUAUAGAUGUGGUCCCUGCUUCCCCAGAUAACUGGGAUGUCAGUGACCCUUUCUCUGCUGAGGAACGUGAUGGAUUUAUAUAUGGAAGAGGAACACUGGAUAACAAAAAUUCUGUUAUGGGGAUUCUUCAUGCUCUAGAAUUCUUACUGAGACGAAAUUACAGGCCUCAGAGGUCAUUCUAUAUUGGCCUUGGGCAUGAUGAAGAGGUGGGUGGUCAAAAAGGAGCGAAGAAGAUUGUUGCUGUAUUGGAAUCUAGAGGAGUACAUCUUUCUUUCUUACUUGAUGAGGGAAGCUUCAUUUUUGAUGGCGUCAUCACUGGAAUAGACAAACCAGUAGCAUUAAUUGCUGUCACAGAAAAGGGUGCAAUUACAGCAAAUCUCACUGUAGUAUCAGAACCAGGCCAUUCAUCAGCACCACCCAAGAGGACAAGUAUCGGUAUUCUUUCUGAAGCAUUAUCUAAAUUAGAGCAACAUCCCAUGCCCAAUUUGUUUGCUCAUGGACCUGAACUCAUAAUGUUUGAACAAUUGGCAGCAGAGUUCCGCUUCCCUCUCAAUAUCAUAAUGGCAAAUCUAUGGCUGUUUGCACCUCUGGUUAGCAGAUUUCUUGAGCAAAACCCUGCCACUAAUGCCCUAAUUCGGACCACCACUGCAAUCACGAUGUUUCAUGCAGGUGUCAAGUCUAAUGUUAUUCCACCUUCUGCAAAUGCAACUGUGAAUUUCCGUAUUCAUUCAUCGCAAACAGUUAAUGAGGUCCUGGAAAUAGUAGACAAAACAAUUGAUGAUAAGAGAGUGAAGAUAGAAAUGAUGGAUGCCUUUGAUCCACUCCCAGUUAGCCCCUGGGAGGACCAGACCUUCGGAGUGCAGGUUUUCCGCCAGACCAUCCUGGAUGUUUUCCCAGAUGUUGGCAGUGUAGCUCCAGGCAUUUGUAUUGGAAACACGGACAGCAGACAUUACAGCAAUCUCACAAAUGCCAUUUAUCGAUUUAACCCAGUGAUCUUUAAACCCAAUGAUUUACCAAGGUUCCAUGGGUUGAAUGAAAGGAUCUCUAUUGAAGCUUAUGAAAAGCAAGUUGAAUUUCUGUUCCAACUGAUUCAAAAUUCUGAUUUAAACCAACCCACAGAGCCACAUAUUCAUGAGUUAUGAAAACAAGAAAGUAGGAAGAUUUGUGGGUGUUGUUAGGAAUCAGAAGUAUGAAACAUAUUCUAUGUUGCUUUCUGUUCCAGAACUGUGUUAUUAGGAAUUAUGACUAAUGUACAUAUUUAACAUAAUGAUACUACUGUGCUACACCGCAAAUGAUUGUGAAACAUGCUAAAAACAAAGCUGAACAAAUCCUUUUGUACUAAAACAGAAGUAUUACACUUAAUGUGAGAGCCAGUGUGGUGUAGUGGUUGAGAGUAUGGGACUGGGACACAGGAGA